AUGGGUGGUGUGAUCUUAAAGCUUUGGCUGCUAAGCCCUCCUUUAGGCCAGUUGAUCACCCUAAGCUUGCACGCAUUGCCCAGUGUAGUACAAGCGCUAUGGGGACACCGUGGCCUCAAGCGGCAGCAUGGCCCAACGACACCUACGAGCACGCCACCUUCUUCAGCGAUUACCUCAGGAAAGCACUCGUCUGUAUUGAAACUGCAGAAGAUCAGUCUGCACCCAAGCCACUAG